AUGAAAAAUCACACCACAAAUGAAACGACCAGUAAACAUGCCAAUCUCCCUCAACAUUCCAACAACGAGACAUCAACAGUUGGUGCCACUUCACUUCCAUCAUCCUCAUUGACUCUUUCCGACCAUAACAAUCCAAACACAAACGUAACCAAAACAACAACAACAACAACAGAACACGUAAUUUCCAAUCCACAACACACCAUUUCAUCAUCCAAUAUUACUCAUGGCACUUCCAAUAGUUCAAAUGUUGUUCCUCCCAAACGAGAGCUCUCACAUCGAUUAUUACCUCUUCCAACACCACCCUCUCAAAAACAACAACAACAACCUCAUUCUUCUCAUCCAUCGCAUCAAGUAGUGACAUCCUCAUCGACUUCGUUUCACUUCUCAUCCGAUGAUGAAAAUACCAAUCCAACAAUUACCAAAUCCGAUUCCGAAGAUAAAUACAAAAAGACGGAUCACGAGAUGAGAAAGGUCCAAUCAGCUCGAAAUUCAUCAGCUGGUACUUUGUUGAAUUCCUUGAUUCAUCCAACUCAUGCAACAACUCUUGGAGAACAAAAUAAUUCUAAAAAAGAAAAUCAGUUACAAAACAAAGCCUCCUCGUCUGCUUCUACGUCCAGUAAAUUUGAACAACAUCAAAAUCCGAUUGGGAGUGCUGUUGCAACAGGAGUUCAUAAGAGUAUCAAGAAUCUUGGGGAGGCUUUGCACGCCUAUCAUUUUGAAAUUGUAAAAGUAGAGAAUAUUGGAAAAAAGUUGUUACAUCUUCGUAAUCAUCAUCACAAUAAGAAUAAUAGUAAUACAGAUCAUCAUCAUACAAUGACCAAUAAUAGUAACACUUUGACGACAACUGUUUCAACAACAAAUCAUACGGUGGUUGGAACGAGUGAAAAUGUAAAUAAUAUCUCGACCGAGAAUAAUGUUUCAACAACAACUACAACAACAGCAACGAACUCCCCGAGAGGUACUAAUACAGAGACUAUUUCCAUCAAAAUUGAACCUCAUAACGAACAGCAGUCAUGUACUGUACCAGUAGUAUCAUCACCUUCCCAACAACAGGUAUCAUCGUCCUCUACCAAUAAUAACAAUUCUUCCACGACUGCUGCUCUGACCUCAACCAACUCCACCACCAAAGAAUCACCACCACAACCAGCAUUAUCCCCUCAUUCACCUCCAACGCUCACCUCUCCCUCUCCUCGCACCAUGAGAAAACAUUCUUCCAUGAGAGAUGAUAUUGUUUCUGCGUUUGUCAAAGGUCCUCAUUCCGAAGAUUUUGAUUUAGCUCAAUUCUCUUCCAUUGUCAACAAUGAUUCAAUCUCACAACAGGCACUUACAACCUCAUCAGCAAGCACUCCACGAUCAUUGCCUUCAUCCUCUAAUUCAUUUCUACCCUCUCAUCAACAUCAUGAAAUCAAAUAUUCUCUGCUCAUGACAAAGAGUGAAAGCCUUUGUAUGGAUUGUAAAAAUAUUAAUUGUAAAUGUGUAUUGAUUAGCGUGCCAACUUCAUGUAUACCAGGCCAAGAACAAGAUGAACAAAAUACGAUGGUCGCAUUUGAAAUGGUAGGAACCGUGUUGUUGACAACGAGUCGAAUUUUGUUUUUAAUUGACGAGGACUCUGCCGUAGAGGCAUCAUCUCCAGAAUCACAAAAUUUACAAAAGAUUAUUGAGAUAUUAUUGUCCAAUGUUGAAUAUAUUGAAAAGAAUACUGAAAAAGAGCGAUCCAUGUGUAUUGUUGAAAAAUCACCAAUGAAUCCACGAGAAGGAGAUAUGGACCCUCCACCAAUUAAAUUCAUCAAGAAGUAUGAAUUUUUUGGGUUCGAAAGUCACACAACAUUCCAGCGAGCAUUUAAAACAUUUAAUGACAUGCUAAACGUGAUACGAACAAUGGAGUCUGAAACAACACUGGAAGGAACAACAAGUGUUGAAACUAAUAAUUUAUCUAAUGAUGGAGGAAAUAGAAAAGCAACCCCAUCAUCCAAUACUUUCAACGACGCUUCUGAAAAGAAGCUAAGCGUGACCACAUCUAAACGAGAACGGUACACUAGAAAACGAGUUUCAGUGGCUAAUACUUUCCAUGAUCUUCCUUCAAAUUAUUCCAUAGGUAGCAAUGUUCGAAAAUUUUUGAGCCCUCUCGAAGAGGCCCUUACCAAUAAUUUUUCAAUGGUUGAUCGAAAACUUUUAACACCACCCUCAAAAAAGACUGUUGCCUUGGCCGAAACUAAACACAGACGCUCACUUUCAUUGAGCUCUCCAGUUGUGUAUGAAGCUGGUGCUUCCAAAGCGGGUACAACUUCAUCGAAUAAGCCUGGUGGCUCCUCAAUUUCAGAGUCAGGAGAUGACGAUAAGAGGACAGUCAUCUCAGAGGGUGCAGUCAGCAUAGGAGGAGGCGCAGAAUCAUCAGCAGAUGAAGCUGAAUCAAAACGAAGAUCUAAAAAACGAGAAAAGAGACAAUCAUUAGCAAUUCCUACACUUGUUGUGGACCCUCCUUCACAAGAAUUCGACGAUCAAUUCGAUGGUAUGGUUGACGAGGUUGCUCACUUUGCCGACGACGUUCCUUCAAUUGAACCCAAUGAUAUUUUCGCAGUGGCAGACCAAAAAUCCUCACAAGUCAAAAUGAAGGAAGUGGUAAGCAAAAAAUUUAUGGGAAUUUCAGCAGAAGAGCUCUUCCAAGCAUGUUUUUCGAAUGCAUCCACUUUUCUUGUUAAAGUACACGAAAAAUUAGGAGACACUGGAGUUGAGCUCUAUGAUUGGGUCGAUUUCCAAUAUGGUGCACCAACUGUGAGAGGAAUAACGUACAAAAUUGGAGGAUCGUCACCCAAUCAUUUCAGUUCAUUUACACAGACGGCAAUUCGAGUUUUGGAAACUCAGAGAGUUGUCCUAGCAAAGAACACCUCGAAAGACAAACCCAUGUCAUACUUUAUACUAUUUACAUCGGCAGCAACACAAGACAUGGCUAACAAUCAAAUGUUCCAAUUUGAUGUCAAAUACAUUGUGAAGGAUACAAAACCGCUCAAUUUACUUAUGAACAAGGAAUGUGAAAUUGAGAUUUGUGCAGGUACACAAUGUAAGGGAGGAAGUAUAUUUUGGAGAAGCAAAUCCACAGAGUCUAGCGUCAUGAAAGCCAUCAAAAAUCGUCUCAUGGUCGAGUUGGAUUUAAUGAAUGAGACAGUUGAAGCAAUUGUAAAUGCAAAGAAAAAUGCUCUAUCCGAGCAACGUUUGAAAUCUUGGGAAGCUUCCGUCAUGUCCACCAUUUCAUCCCUUGAUGGAGGCUUUCCCAAGGAAAUGCCUUCCUUAAACAAUUUGUUGCCACCUCCAUUGUGUGUAGAAUCUUCUCCACCUCCUUCACCUCGUGACGGUGAUGGAGACAUGUCAGAAAGCUUGGCAACCAACGAAGAUGAAGAUGAACUAACUUGCGGCUCAACCACUUCGGCUGUUCCCAACACACCUCAUAGUGAAUUCAGUGGCGGAGAAAAUGAAAGCUCUUCACAGAGAAGAGUGAAAGUGGUUGGAUUUUCCUCAACGUCGCAUCUUACUGUGCUACCUCCACCACGUAUUAGUGUGGCGAGCCCAUCAACACCAACACUAUUUCCUCCUGGCAGCAAUAAUGAAGGAUCCAAUUUGGUACGUGUUCGAAAAACGAGCUUGUUGGAUACCUCUCCAACAUUUGCCAAUAAUUUUGUCGUACCGACCACAAGUGAAGCUCAACACACUGUAGAAGGUGAGGCGAAACAAUCCAAUGAGAUUACUUGUAUUGACUCUUCUGUUACAAAUGGUACUUCAUCGAAUAUGGAAAUGCAUUCAUCUCUGACCAUCACAGAUAUGAGACCAGAUCAAAUCAAACAACUAGAUCCAAUUUUAUUAUUAUUAUGGGAAUUAUUGAUCUCCAUGUGCAAGUCUAUUUUCAACGUCCUUUCUACAGUUUUUGAAUAUGCAGUGAAUUACUUCUUGGAACCAGUCUUGACAUUUUCAUGGAAUUUUAAAGAUAUUGUUUCUGGUGUGAUUAUUGUAUUUCUGAUACUUGUAUUCAUGUAUGGAAAUCAUUCUAUAACAAACCGAGUUAAUAAUUUAGCCAUGGAAACAGGACAGAUUCAUAAGGAAUUGAAGAACAAAUUUAUUCUUGCUAGGAACAUGGUUCACAGAAUUCAAGAUUCAAGUCACAUGAAUUCUACACAAUUGCAAUCGAGUUUGCGCGAUAUUAUGAAAGAUUAUUUAGUGGAGCACAGAAAGCUUUCUCGUAAGGUAGAACAGCAUGAUUUGAUGAAAUCGUUGAGAGACUUUAGGGCCAAGCUCAAAGAAAAUGUAAAGCGCUGA